CGAGUCAGCUAAUAUCAGCACAUCUUUAGAAACUCUGAGGAGAGCGGUCUCAGUGGAAUGGUUUUUCUUAAAGCUUGACUGAAAAGAAUCUGAUGUCUAGUAUUUUUUAUGUAAGUACUUUCUGUUGGUAGAUGAAUACCAGUUUUGGGGGGUGUGGCUUCUCGGCCGUUGAACAGGUAGCUUGAUGCCCUGUUAUAAAUAAGGUAAGUCACCGUCUUUGGCAGUAACUGGGAUUUGCUUAGCUGCUGUCUGUUACAUCCAGUGGGAGUUCGUAUCUACAAAACUGCAAACAUGAUCUGUGAAGUAAUCAAGCUUGAAGCAUUCCAGAAAAUGCUGCAAGAGUCCGGUGACAAGCUGGUGGUUGUGAACUUCACAGCAACAUGGUGUGUCCCCUGCAGGACCAUUUUUCCGGUGUUUGUUGACUUGUCAGAACAACCAGACAACAAGAAUGUGGUUUUCCUGAAGGUGGAUGUGGACAGGGCUCCAGAAAUUACUAAGGCUUGUGGUGUUCUUUGCACACCUUUAUUCCAGUUCUACAAGGCGGGUGAUAAGGGGGAGUUCACCGGUGCCGAUGCCGAUCAACUGAACAAACUGCUGACAGAAUGGAGAAAUAAAUAAAAGUCAGACUGACCAGAGCAGAAAAAACACUGUAUGAUGUAUGAGUAACCUGUGUUACCUCUGUAUGGAUUUAAUAAAUGAAUCCAACCUUAA